AUGUCGGGACAAGCAAAGAAGAACCACCACGAUGAGGUGCCCAGUUCGGUUGAGGUUGAACUGCUCGCCGUUGACGAGGAGGAUAACUACCAAGGUCUCACCUUGAAAUGUAUCCUGGUUUACUUGUCUAUCCUCAGUGGCUGUUUUGCACAAGUCCUUGCAAUUGUUGCAACCGGCGCAUUUGCCAGAAACAUGGCCAGUGUUCUGGGCGGACGUGACAAAUACAUCUGGAUCCCUCAAGGCCUUAUCAUUUGCAGCACGUUCACAGCGGCUCCCAUUGCGCAAUCGUCGGAUUUCUGGGGCCGCAGGUUACCUAUCCUGCUCUGCACUGGUCUCUGCAUCGUCGGGUCCAUCGUCAUCAGCAGAGCGUCUUCCAUGACCAUGGCCAUUGCUGGAUCGUUGGUAGUCGGUGUUGGAGCGGGAACAACUUCACUCUUAUAUGCGGUCGCAUCCGAGAUUAUGCCAAGGCAGUAUCGACCGCUCGCCCAAGCCGGUGUCAAUAUCGCGAAUUCACUUGGUGGGAUAUUUACAUUACUACUUGGCUUCGGACUCGUCAGAAAGAACGAUGAAAACUUUCGGGUUGUUUGGUAUGUUGGCAUCGGGCUAUUCGCCUUUAACUUUCUUGCCGUCUUUUUCUUCUUCAAACCACCAAAACGUCGCCUUGAGUUAUCUCUGACCUGGAAGGAAAAGCUCAAGGCUCUCGACUUGGUAGGGUAUAUCAUCUUCUCUAUCGGAAUGAUAUUGUUCAGCGUGGGACUGACCUGGGCCAACAACCCAUACUCUUGGCAAAGUGCCCCAGUUCUAAGCACCUUUUGCAUUGGCGUUGUCUUUAUCAUCCUCACAGCGGUUUGGGAAGUCAACAAGAAGGAUGGAUUUUGUCAUCACGCGCUUUUCCAAGCAAGCCGCAACUUUGCACUUGCCCUUGUCUUUAUUUUUAUCGAGGGAUUUGCUUUCUAUGCGGCCAACAACUUUCUCCCUCUGGUGUACUCGAUUUACUUCGAUGGUAACCUUCUCAAGGUUGGUGCUAUGAUGUCCCUUAUUUUCAUUGGAGGGGCUAUGGCAUCUGUGAUCGGUGGCCUCUACUCCACCAAGGCGAGAAGGGUCCGGCCACCUCUGACGGCUGGGAUGGCACUGUUUGUCAUCUACUUUGCAUGCAUGGCUACUCUCAAGCCUGGUCAACUGGCAGCGAUGUGGGGUUAUACGGUCUUGGCGGGCUUUGGCCUUGGGUUCGGUCUCGUCAUCGCCGUCACGACUGGCCAGAUAAGCACUCCUCCAGGCUUGAUUGCGACAACGAGUGGCCUAAUCCUGACCUCAAGAUCCUUGGGAGGCUCCGUUGCACUACCAGUAUACACUGCUAUCCUCAACUCCUCCUUGUCGAAGCAUCUUGGCCAAAAGAUCGCUGAACGCGUUGUUCCUCUUGGGCUCUCUGCCAAGGAUCUGCCAGCUUUUAUCAGUGGUCUGGCUAAUAACGAUCAACGAGCUCUGGCAAGUAUUCCAGGUGUUACUCCUCAAGUCGUCUCCGCGGGAGUUGCAGGAUUGAGGUCAGCUUAUCACAUCGCCUUCCGUGGCACCUGGAGUGCUGCUGCUGCAGUCUCGGCGGUUGGUUUAGUACUUGCGCUUUUUGUCCGCGAUCCUCGCGACAGCUUCAACAUGCACGUGGAUGCACCAGUCGACCAUGAUCUUGCCAGAAGUUUUGACCGAGGUUUGGAAGAUGAUAUCAAAGGUGCAACUGGCACUGAACAUAUCGAAUCAAACGUUGUCAGCGAGGAGCCUCAAGACAAGGCCUGA